GAUAAAAUAUAUUUAUAAAAAAAUAUUUGCCAAUUUAAAGACAUUUAAAAUAACUCAAAGGCGUGUAAAAUGUGAUGGAAAAUUAGAAAAAUUGGACGGCAUUUUAAUUGCAUACGACGGGUGUUGGGUGAAGAAAAAAAAUUUGGUAUAUAUGUAUGUGUGUAGAAAAAAUGUCUGCGCCUUUGGUGUGGUGAGAAGAACAAGUUACAGAAAAGUUUGUUAUAAUAAAAACAAAUCGUCGGUUUGACGGUGGUAUUUGAUUGGUGUCGUAAGGAAUCGUGUUGUUUUUCCAACUUCCCCGAGUUGAUUGCAUUUCUUCCGUUCAUGUAAAGGGGAUUCUUAUUGAAAAUUCAAUAAAAUUUGUGCAAAUUUUAGGCGACAACAACACAAACCAGUGAUUUGAAAAAUAAAUUACGGAAUUACAUGGUUGACAAAUAUAUAUUACCUACCUUCUCUCUACGGCGCAUAUGCCUGAUUAAAGUAAUAAAGCAGAGAUAUAUUUAAUAUAAUAAGAAGAGAAUGCAAUCAUGAGAGUAUUGCACUUUGUAAAAAAUUAUGCAAAAAAGAGCAUCGACACUUCGAAAAACGGCCGUGAUUUUAACAAGUACAAGAAUCUAUUUCCCACCAUAAUUUUUUAUGGUAUCUACUGCCAGUUGGGCUUGAGUUGUCAUUUUUGUUUUGGCAUCAUAACAUACAAUUAAGUACUAAAGAGGUAAAUAAUAUGAGCCAUGCCUUCGGCACGACCUGGUAGUCUUAAAGAUCCGGAAAUUGCCGAACUCUUUAAUAAACAUGAUCCGGAAAAAAUAUUCGAAGAUUUACGAGAAAUCGGCCAUGGCUCUUUUGGUGCCGUUUAUUAUGCACGCUGCAAUCUUACCAAAGAAAUAGUGGCCAUUAAGAAAAUGUCCUAUACGGGCAAACAGAGUUUGGAAAAGUGGCAAGAUAUACUCAAAGAAAUUAGAUUUCUACGUCAGUUGAAUCAUCCGAAUACCAUCGAAUAUAAGGGUUGUUAUCUACGCGAAUCUACAGCAUGGCUGGUUAUGGAAUACUGUGUGGGAUCGGCAUCUGAUAUUAUUGAGGUGCAUAAGAAACCAUUGCAUGAGGAUGAAAUUGCGGCGAUAUGCGACGGUGUUCUAAAUGGUCUCAGCUAUUUGCAUAGCUUAGGUCGUAUACAUCGCGACAUUAAGGCUGGAAACAUAUUGCUUACCGAUAAUGGUGUAGUUAAACUUGCUGAUUUUGGUAGUGCGGCUAUUAAAUGUCCGGCAAAUAGCUUUGUGGGCACUCCGUAUUGGAUGGCGCCAGAAGUCAUUUUGGCAAUGGAUGAAGGGCAAUAUGACGGCAAAGUGGAUGUCUGGUCUUUAGGUAUAACUUGCAUUGAAUUAGCUGAACGCAAACCACCAUACUUUAAUAUGAAUGCCAUGUCAGCAUUAUAUCAUAUUGCCCAAAAUGAUUCACCUACACUACCGAAAAAUGACUGGUCAGAUAUCUUUUGUUAUUUUGUGGAUUUGUGUCUCAAAAAGAAUCCGCUUGAUCGGCCUUCAUCUUCCAAACUAUUAGCAGAUCCUUAUAUAACGCGGCAUCGUUCAGAUACGGUUCUGCUGGAGCUAAUCGCUCGUACCAAAGCGGCUGUUAGGGAAUUGGAUAACCUCAAUUAUCGUAAAAUGAAGAAAAUCCUUAUGGUAGACACCUGCGAGACUGAGAGCGCCAUCGGUGACACAGAUGACACUCAAGACGAACAUGCCGGUGGCGAUAGCAGCAAGAGUAAUAGUAUUACGUCGGAACACUCCAUACAUUCAGUGGGUGUAUCGGCGGCCAGUAGUCAAGUAAGCUCAUCGUCAAAUUCAAUACCACCCGCCGCGCAGAAUUACAUUGGCGGAAUGGGUGGUGGCGGUCAUCACGGACACGGACAGCCGCCUCAACAUUUGGGUGCCAUCAAUUAUCAUCAUCAUCAUCAGAUGCAGCAACAGCAGCAGCAGCAGCAACAACAACAGCAGCAGCAGCAUCAACAUGUAAUAAGUGGCGCUGUUUCGCGUAACUCUUCGCGCCAUCGUAACUUGCCGCCAUUACCGAGCAUCAUGCAUAAUAUGAAUAAUAAUGUAACGCCGACAAAUUCGACGGCAGUUGUGCCUGCACCGAUGCCACCACAGCAACAACUACAACAGACUAUGAUGUCAGCGUUGUCGCAUAAUUCUGGCUCAAUGAGCAGCAGUGGCGGUAAUAUGCAACAACAACAUCAACAAUCUUCUUGCCCGGGUGGCGGCAUGGGCGGAGAUCGUAUUUCACAACAACAACAACAGCAACCGCCACCUAUACAGCCAAGAUAUCUAUCCUCACCAGCUGCUGCAGCGGCUGUCUACGCAGCCACUUCCAAUGUUAACGAACAUGGACCCAACAAUUUUGCCACAAUACGUACUACCAGUAUAGUUACCAAACAACAAAAGGAACAUAUGCAGGAAGAGAUGCAUGAACAAAUGUCGGGUUACAAGCGAAUGCGUCGCGAACAUCAAGCCGCUCUACUCAAACUUGAAGAGAAAUGCAAAGUUGAAAUGGAAGCGCAUAAGAAUGCUUUAGAUAAGGAGUACGAUAACUUAUUACACAAUUUUACCAGAGAAUUAGAAAGACUAGAGGCCAAACAUCAACAGGAUUUGGAAAGGCGUAUGAAGCAAACGUCUGCUGCGGAGAAAAAAUUAUUUAAAGAGAUUUCCCUUAAGCAAGAAGGUGAUCGUAAAGCGUUCGAUUUAAAUCGCAAAAAAGAAUAUAAAGCAAAUAAGGAGAGAUGGAAACGGGAAUUGUCGAUGGACGAGUCGACACCGAAACGUCAGCGUGAUUUGACGCUGCAAUCACAAAAGGAUAAUCUAAAACAGGCUGAGGCUCAGGAAGAGCAACGUCUUUUAACGUUGCAAAAGCAAUACAUUGAACUAGAAAUGCGUAAAUUUAAACGAAGGCGUCUAAUUAUGUUGCACGAACUAGAGGAUCAGUUGUUAAGAGAUGAAUUGGCGAAAAAACAACAACAACUUGAACAAGCUCACGCUAUGCUAUUAAAACAUCACGAGAAAACCCAAGAAUUGGAGUAUCGUCAGCAAAAAAGUAUUCAUCAGUUGCGAGAAGAGCAAAUUAAUAAACAACACGAUACUGAAUUACAAAAUCAAAAAAUUUAUAUGGAACGAGUGAAAAAAGAGUUGCUCAGAAAGCAUGCCAUGGAAAUUAGGCAGCAUCCAAAGAGUCUUAAGCAAAAAGAGUUGCAAAUUCGUAAACAAUUCCGCGAAACAUGUAAAACUCAAACCAAACAAUAUAAACGAUAUAAGGCCCAGAUAUUACAAACAACACCAAAGGAGCAACAAAAAGAAGUCAUUAAGCAAUUAAAAGAGGAAAAGCAUCGUAAGCUAACAUUGCUCGGUGAACAAUAUGAACAAAGUAUCGCUGAUAUGUUUCAAAGUCAGAGCUAUAAACUGGAUGAAAGCCAAGUGAUUGAGUGCCAACGUACCAAUGAAAUGUUGGAAUACGAAUUAGAAGAACUUACGGCAUAUCAAAAUAAGAAUAAAAAACAAGCCCAGGAACAACGUGACCGCGAACGUCGUGAACUUGAAAAUCGUGUGGCACAACGUCGUAGCGUUUUAGAAAGUAAGAUGGAAGCUGAAUUGCAACAAUUCAAUCAAGAACGUGCUGAAAGGUUACGUAUGAAACAUGAAAAACACGUUAAAGAACUGGAAGCAUUCGAUGAGGAAUCAAUAGCUUUAGGUUUCAGUGCUUUAGCUAUUACCGAAGGAUCGCGUGAGACAUACCCUGAUGAGGAGGGUAGUUUAUCGGGUUCAAUGAUUAGUUUAGCGCAUAGUAAUAGUUCAACAAGUUUUCCGGCUGGUUCCCUAUAGCAUAGAUAUGCGGUUAACAAUUCAAAUGGACUUUAUGUCAAUGAAAAUGCAACUACGAUAACAAAUACAACAACAAUAACUAUAACCACAAACGCGCAUACGCCAACAGCCACACUAACAAAACGUUUACGCAUUUCUAGUGAUGAAAGUAAGAUAAACUCACAAGACGACAUUGAAGCAAAACGUAACAAUGCAUGCAACAAAUUGACAAAUCAACAAAACAUGUCGCCGCUUACUUCCAUGUAAUUGUAUGUAUGUAUUCUUCUUCUUCUUAUGUAGAAUAUUAAUUAAAAUUGCAAAAAAAAACAAAAAAAAAAAAAAAAAAACCAAGCAGGAGCAAAAACAAAACCCAAGCAGUGUAAGUUGAUGCGAAUUGUGAAUUACACACUGCCAUGCAUGCUCAAAUCACACACAAUCAUUUAAUGAAAAAGACUUUAGCCUCAUUCACGCCAACGCGUAUAAAUCCAUUGAUAUUGAAUGCAGAUGCGAACAAUUGCAAUUAUCUUGAACGAUAAAGAUAUGAAACGG